GUCAACUGACGUUUGUCAUACAUAGUUGCAAAAAAAAAAAUAUUAAUAAAGAAAAAAAAUAAACUGUUUUAACAAAAUAUGCUGAAUUAAAAUGGAAAUUGACGGUCCCCCGCAAGAACCCAAGCGCACCUUGACCGUGGAAGAACUAAACAUCGAAAUUUUGCCCGUAAUUUACGAAAUAAUACGCAGCAUUGAAAAGGACCAUCACGACAACAAUCAGAAGAAUAGGGAAUCGCAGGACUGUAGCCAAAAAGUGUUAGAAUUGCAAAAAAGAUUAGAUCAGGCGCGAGCAGAUAUUCGUCUACUUCCUGGUAUAGAAUUCAGUAAGGAGCAACAACUGAACAACUUGGAAGCCCUUAAAACCCAAUUAAAACUUAAACAAGAGCUGCUUCAAAAAUACCGCUACUUAUACCCCUUUGACUUCCCUAAGCCCUAAAAACUCUU